ACCACAUACAGCGUCACUUUAGCGCGUUUUUGGGCUAAAUUUACGUAAAAAUGGCACGGAAUGGCAUGCGUAAAUUGCGAUGAUGCCUCGUCGGUGCGCUACAUCACCGCCACUGCCGUAACGCACGUAUCCUCCAAAGUUUAGUGUCGGCUCUCGCUCUGAGUGACGUCCAGACGCCGUCAGGAUGAUUGAAGAAGGCAGUAAACGUGGAAAGGCGCUAGUGGAGAAGAGACAGCUGUUUAUGGAGAUGAGGGCCCAGAACUUUGACGUGAUCCGGUUGUCCACCUACAGGACGGCCUGCAAACUGCGCUUUGUGCAGAAAAGAUGCAACCUUCACCUGGUGGACGUGUGGAACAUGAUUGAAGCGUUUCGUGAUAACGGUCUGAACACUCUGGAUCAUAACGCUGAGAUAAACGUGUCCCGUCUGGAGACCAUCCUGUCCUCCAUUUACUUCCAACUGAACAAACGUCUCCCCACCACCCACCAGAUCAGUGUGGAGCAGAGCAUCGGGCUCCUGCUCAACUUCAUGGUGGCAACUUACGACAGUGAGAGUCACGGGAAGCUGACCGUUUUCUCCAUGAAGUGUAUGCUGGCUACCAUGUGCGGAGGGAAGAUCGUGGACAAACUGCGCUACAUCUUCUCUCAGAUCUCAGACUCCAGUGGGGUGAUGGUCUUUGCCAAGUUUGACCAGUUUCUUCGGGAGGUUCUGAAGCUGCCCACGGCCGUGUUUGAGGGACCUUCGUUUGGUUACACGGAGCACGCUGUCCGAACCUGCUUCCCCCAACAGAAGAAGAUCGUCCUGAACACGUUUCUGGAUGUUCUCAUGGCCGAUCCUCCUCCUCAGUGUCUGGUGUGGCUCCCCCUCAUGCACAGACUCGCCAACGUAGAAAAUGUCUUCCACCCGGUCGAGUGCUCUUACUGCCGUAGUGAGUCCAUGAUGGGCUUCAGGUACCGGUGCCAGCAGUGCCACGGGUACCAGCUGUGCCAGAGCUGCUUCUGGAGGGGCCAUGCCAACGGACCGCACUCCAACCAGCACCAGAUGAAGGAGCACUCCUCAUGGAAAUCUCCGGCCAAAAAGCUGAGUCAUGCCAUCAGUAAAUCUCUGGGCUGUGUGCCCAUCGGAGAGCCCCCUCACCCGGUCUUUCCCGAACAGGCCGAGAGACCCCAGGAGCUCACGCACACUGUUCAGCCGAAAGCAGCCGUCCACAACAUGAAUGACGCGCUGCUCUUGUCCACCGGGGGGCACACUCCCAACAAGAGUGUCCUGGAGAGCCCGAGUCGACUGGACGAGGAGCACCGUCUGAUCGCUCGAUACGCCGCGAGGCUCGCCGCCGAAGCAGGAAACUCUACGCAGCAGUGUCCUCCCUCAGACCUCGGCUUCAACUUCGACGCAAACAAACAACAGAGACAACUGAUCGCAGAACUGGAGAACAAGAACAGGGAGAUUCUUCAGGAGAUCCAGAGGCUGCGUCUGGAGCAUGAACAGGCCUCACAGCCGACCCCAGAGAAGGCCCAACAGAACCCCACGCUGCUCACAGAACUGCGCCUGCUCAGACACAGGAAGGACGAGCUGGAGCGGCGCAUGUCGGCUCUUCAGGAGAGCAGGAGAGAGCUGAUGGUCCAACUGGAGGGACUGAUGAGACUGCUCAAGGAUGAGGAGCAGAAACAGGCUUCUCAGUGUGGCAGCUCCCCUCACUCGUCUCCCAGUCACGGCGCAGGCUGCUCGAUGCCGAUGCCCAUCCGCUCCACCUCGGCAGGCUCCACCCCCACACACACCCCCCAGGACUGUCUGAGUGGGGUGGGCGGGGACGUGCUCGAGGCCUUCGCUCAGGGUGUUCCUAGAAAUCUUCGAAACGAUCUGUUAGUGGCUGCUGAUUCCAUCACAAACACCAUGUCGUCUCUGGUUAAAGAGCUGCACUCAGUGGACGAUGGAGGAGAUGAAGAAGAGACCAACCUGAGAAACGGAGACAGAGUUCGAGUACCGAAGCACUGAAGAUUCUCCGUCUCCAGGGCAACCUCAGCUCGUGUAGAAUGCAUGCUGUAACCAGGACCUCAAUGUGUGGAACCUCCAUCUAUACAUCAAACUAUGGGAGAAGUCCACCUCACGUCUGCACUGACACAGACGUUCCCCAUGCGCCACUGUGUGUCCUGAUAGAACUAAAUCUUUAAGACGUUAAGACAAUUCCCUGAAACAUCACUGCUAAAUAUGACUCGCUUUUUCCCUAUAGCCCCCCGCGUACUGCGAAAAAUACAAGCUCCACCACUUAGAAGGAUCUGAAUUCAAAACAGUGACGUGAUUUGAGUUUUUCUGACCAUUUAAUCACAUAAUACACCUGAUUAUUUGAAUGCUUCUGGAUAUUUCUGACUGAUUACAAUGAUUUCAGUGGUGGAAUGUUUCACAGUAUCUUUCUAUCUCGAUGGAAACCAAACUAGACCAAGUUACAGGUCAGAUCUGUGGAGAGGCGACCCCGCUCACACUCAGAAUGUCAGUUUUUCUAGUUGUUUUUGAGCUACAUUGC